AUGAGCAGUGGUCAUCAAGGAUACAACUCUUUCUUGAAUAUCCUCCCAUGUGGCACAAGAGGGAAUAUAAACUACGGUGAUGAAAUGGCUGUUCGAUCGAGCACCUACAUAACUGAUUUGUUGCGAGAGAAGGAGGACCUUGACAAACAUUUGGCAUCCUCCAUGAAGGUUUUGAGCGUGGAGGAUCGGAAGCUGGCUUUGGAAGAAAUUCACGGUGCUGCGCCGGCUGACCAAGAAGAACCUAUUGUUGUGAAUCAAAGGCUUGGGGAGAUUGAAUCCCAUCUGACCAAAUUGAAGACUAAGGGGUCUGCAUAUGAUCUCGCAUGUAAUGAGAGCUUGGACUAUGUUUCGAAUCGAAAUUUAAGCCUCAUGUUUCUACGUUCCAAUCGAUAUGAUAGCAAGCUAGCAGCAGAGCAGAUAAUCAAGUUCUUUGAAUUGAAGAAGUUCCUUUUUGGUGCAGAGAAACUAACCAGGGAUAUUGUCUUUCAGGACCUUAGCGCUGAAGAUAAGAAAAGUCUCGAAGAAGGCUCCUGUCAAGUAUUGUCCAAUAAAGACUCGAUCAAUAGGACGAUCCUUCUGUUUGUACCUGGGCUACGAAGUCCAGUCUCAGUUGAAAGCGAGGCAAGGGCUAGGUUCUACCUCCUAAUGAAGACUCUGAAGAAGUCAGACGAUACACAACGGAGGGGCAUCGUUGCGAUCAUCUAUGCUGUGGCGGAAUAUCAGGAUCGUGAGAAGAAAGGGGUUGGUGCUUCAUUAUUCGCACGACUAGCUACUUGCUUACCCGUACCAUGGGCUGGGAUACACUUGUGCUGUGAUGAUUUUAAGGAAUACGUCAUUUUGCGGGCGUUCGUUACACUGCUACCAGCAUUUGUGAAGGCAAAGUUUCGAGUUAAUCUAGGCACCCACAUGGAAGUUCAAUAUGCACUUCGUGGAUUCGGUAUCCCAGCUGGCUCCAUUCCAAUCUCUCCAACCAAUUCCGCGCCUUUGCUCCAGAAUCAUUCCACAUGGUGCCUGCAAUCAGCAUUUGAAGACAAUCGCGACCAUCCAACUGUCCAGAAAAAUCAGCUAAAUACUAGACCUUCGACUCCUAGCAAGAGGCUCGCGGAAGUAAGCUCAGCAGAAUCUAUGGCUGGGACUACCGGUGAGGGAUUGAGUCAUGAAUCUCAAGUGAAUCCGCAAGCAGGCGAUGCGCUGUUGGGUCAUGGCUUCAGGUUGAAUCCAGGCAAUUUGAAACUUCAUGAUAUGAUACGUGAAAUUGUCGAUCACUAUGAUGCGGCGGAACGAAAGGGUGACAAAAUGAUAAUAUCUCGAAAGGUAGUUGAAGCCUUCAAGGCUUCUGGUUCCAGAUUCUUAUCAUUUGACGGCAAUACCAGGAGUUGGUCCAUUGUGAACGACAAGGUUGCACGGAACAAGGUGGCCAAGGCGAUUCGGAAUCGUCGUCGAUCAGUGGAAGCAGGGAACAACAAUAAGGCAACACUCUCAAGGCACGGAACUCCCUAG